AUGGCGACCCCAAGUGACGCCGGAAUGUCUGAUGCUCCAUCCAGGGCUGCCGCAACUCCUAGACCGAGACAGUUUAACAGAGGUUCUUCGGCACGACCUCGAGGGCCUCCUUCCGAAAGUCUAGCUGCUCAUAGUGAUGAUGAGGCGAAGGUUUUGCUGAUGACCAGAUUCCCGGCCGCUCAAGACAACGAGACCCUGCCACUAUUCCUCGAAUUUAUCGACGAUCCUGUAUCAUCCGGUGCGCCAACGUCCAGUGCUGUUACUACAGACAAAUUUUACGUCGCCCAGAUUCAUGGCAUGCGAAUUUACCAACUAUCAACCUUUUAUGUCAACUAUAAUCAUGUUGCUAGCUACCAAAAUGGCGGUCUGGCCAAUGCUAUCAAUACUCAAUACUACCGAUUUCUCCCUUUCCUCACCAAUGCCCUCCACAAUAUGAUCGCCAAGUACGAACCCCAAUAUUUCCGCGAGCAUCGACAGGCGACUACUUCUAGCAACCAAACAACAUCAGGCGGAAGUAAUAUUGGCUCUGGAAGCCAAUCUGAGCUACAGGGCAGCAAGACGGCAAACCAGCAGACGGAUAAACUGUUCGCUAUUGCCUUCUACAACCUCCCCCUCGUCUCCCGAGUUCGUAGUUUACGUGCCAAGAACAUUGGUCAACUCCUUUCUAUAUCUGGAACCGUCACUCGUACAUCUGAGGUCCGACCAGAACUCUCCCUUGCAACUUUUAACUGCGAGACAUGCCGCUCGGUCAUUCCAAAUGUUGAGCAGACGUUCCGGUAUACCGAACCUACACAAUGCCCUAAUAUACAAUGCGGAAACCGUCUGGCAUGGCAACUCGACAUCCGACAAAGUACUUUUGUCGAUUGGCAAAAGGUCCGCAUUCAAGAGAACAGUUCUGAAAUUCCUACGGGAAGUAUGCCGCGGACGAUGGAUGUCAUCCUGCGAGGUGAGAUGGUGGACCGUGCAAAGGCAGGAGAGAAGUGUAUCUUUACUGGUGCAUUAAUUGUGGUACCCGAUAUAAGUCAGUUAGGACUUCCAGGUGUUAGGCCUACAGUAAUGCGAGAUGACCGGAAUGCGCCGCGCGGCAACGACGUUGGUGGUAAUGGAGUGUCAGGCCUGAAGUCUCUGGGUGUUCGCGACCUAACUUACCGGUUGGCUUUCUUAGCUAAUAUGGUUACCCCUGAUACAUCUACACCUGGCCAGUCUGCUUCUCGUCAAGUUCACGAUAUCAUCAACUCCUUAACUCAAACCUCCACCGACACAGCUGAAACAGUUGAAGAAGCACAAACAGCUGUGCUAAACUCUAUGACGCCCAGCGAGAUUGACGAACUCCGUGAGAUGGUCCAUAGUGACCACAUAUACCAUCGCCUUGUGCAAUCACUCGCGCCUACAGUAUAUGGCCACGAAAUCGUCAAGAAGGGUCUCCUCCUACAGUUGAUGUCUGGUGUCCAUAAGACUACAGCUGAAGGCAUGGCCCUUCGAGGUGAUAUAAACAUCUGUGUUGUCGGUGACCCAUCGACCUCAAAAUCUCAAUUCUUGAAGUAUGUCUGCUCCUUUGCACCGCGUGCAGUCUACACGUCUGGCAAAGCCUCCUCGGCUGCUGGUCUCACAGCUGCGGUAGUCAAAGACGAAGAGACAGGCGAAUUCACUAUCGAGGCUGGUGCUCUCAUGCUGGCUGAUAACGGUAUUUGCUGCAUCGACGAGUUCGACAAGAUGGAUAUAGCCGAUCAAGUUGCUAUCCACGAAGCUAUGGAACAGCAGACGAUCUCCAUCGCCAAAGCCGGUAUCCAAGCCACCCUCAACGCGCGGACAUCCAUUCUUGCCGCCGCAAACCCGGUUGGUGGACGGUACAACCGUAAGACCACGCUACGAGCCAACAUCAACAUGUCGGCACCUAUCAUGUCCCGUUUUGAUCUCUUUUUUGUCGUUCUUGACGAGUGUAACGAGACAGUGGAUCGUCACCUAGCAGAGCAUAUCGUAGGCAUACAUGCACUACGCGAUAGCGCUAUCGAACCAGAAUUCAGCACCGAGUGCUUACAGCGAUACAUCCGGUUCGCACGGACAUUCCGGCCUGAGUUCACGCCUGAGGCUAAGGAACGUCUCGUCGAGAAGUACAAGGAACUACGUGCCGACGAUUCCCAGGGCGGCGUGGGCAAAAACAGCUACCGUAUCACUGUCCGUCAGCUCGAAUCCCUGAUCCGGCUGUCGGAGGCUAUCGCCAAGGCGAAUUGUAUCGAGGAGAUCACGCCCGAGUUUGUAGACGAGGCGUCUAAUCUCCUUCGCCAGAGUAUUAUAUCUGUCGAACACGACGACGUUGAGAUGGACGAAGAUGAGUAUGAGACCCCUGAGGACUCGGCAGCGCUUGUUGCUGCCGCGGACCAAGCUACACGUGCUUCUUCGGUCGCGCAGGCCCAGGAUGAGGAGGGUGAUUCUCCCAUGGACGACGGCGAGAAUGCGGAUGCGGAUGCACAAGGUAGCAGGGAACCCAGCUCCGCAGCACCGGCAAAGAAGAAGACGGCUAUUACGUACGAGAAGUAUAUCAACAUGGUAAACAUCAUCGUGUCACGAGUAAACGAAGAUGAAGCAUCAGGAUCUGGCGAGGGCGUGGAUGGCGAGGCGCUUGUGGAGUGGUACCUUGAGCAGAAGGAGGAUGAGCUAGAGGGCGAGGAAGAUUAUCACCGAGAGAAGGAUGUUGCGAAGAUGGUGCUAAAGAAGAUGGUCAAGGACAACAUUCUGAUGGCGGUACGCGGCGAGGGCCUAACUGAAGAGAGCGAUCAGACCGCCCCUGCAGAUGGCGGGCCUGCGCCCUCGCAGAAGGUCGUAUAUGUCCUACAUCCUAACUGCGCUAUAGAAGAAUACUAA